UGAGGCACACGCACGCACCUCACACCGCCGCGGCUCGUCGCUGCAUCUGCAGCCGGUGCGGCGAGGCAGAGGACUCGCGGCGCAUCUCCCCCUCACGGCGCACUUCAUCACACGCGGGAGGAGGCGGAAUGGCUCGAGAAUCAGGCAGCGCGGCGGACUCGAUCGGCUGAUGCGCCAUGGCUCUCUGACUGUCUGCGUGCGUGCGUGUGCGCGCGCGAGUGCGCGCCGGUCCGUGUUGCCGUGAAUUGCUGCAGUGCCGUUUUUUCUCCAGGUGUUGCAAUAUGUGUGCGAUGGAGUGAGUGCGCGCGUGCGUGCGCGCAUGGCGGUGCAGCUGGUGUGAUUGUCGGAACGAGUUGGACUAUGGGAACCGGAGUCUGAUGUCACAUGUGCUUCAUCGGAGGAGACGGGGCAUCAGCGGGCGGGAUUCUGUGGAGGAUGCUGCGGCAAGUGAUCCACAGAGGGCUCAGGGCUUCGUUCUACUGGCUGGGCUUAUUCGUCAGCAGGCACCCCGUGUUCUUCCUCACCGUCCCCGCGGUCCUCACCAUCAUCUUCGGAUCCACCGUGCUCAGCCGAUUCACGCCGGAGACGGACCUGGAGGUGCUGGUCGCGCCGACCCACAGCCUGGCCAAGAUUGAGCGCAGUCUCGCCAACAGUCUGUUCCCCAUUGACCAGUCGAAGCACAAGCUGUACUCGGAUCUGCACACGCCGGGCAGAUACGGCAGGAUCAUCCUGCUCGCCAAGUCCGGGGGGAACAUCCUGGAGCUCGCCGACCAGGUCCUACGGGUCCACAAGCAGGUGCUGGACCUGCGAGUUAAUUACAAAGGGUUCAAUUACACGUUCGCGCACCUCUGUGUGCUGAGGCACCGGGACAAGCGCUGCCUGCUGGACGACAUCGUCACCAUCUUCGAGGACAUCGGGCAGGCGGUGCUCUCCAACAGCACCUUCCAUAAGGUGCCCCUGAGCUACCCGAACACGACGCUGAAGGAUGGCCGUGUGUCGUUCAUCGGCCACCAGCUGGGAGGCGUGUCCUUCUCAGCCAACAGCCGCGACCAGCAGGUCAAGUUUGCCCGCGCCGUUCAGAUCACCUACUACCUCCGCAACCAUGGACCCGUGGUGCAGGAUGCCAUCGCCGAGCGCUGGGAGAACGAGUUCUGCGCACUGGUCAGCCGGCUGUCGACAGCCGAGGCACCGAACGCGCCCGACCAGCUCCACAUCCAGUCGCUUACCUCCUUCAGCCUGUGGCGCGACUUCCACCAGACUGGCGUGUUGGCCAAGGGGGAGGUGCUGGUCAGCCUGGUGCUGGUGCUCCUGGCCGCCACCAUCUCCAGCUCUAUGCGGGACUGCCUGAGGGGGAAGCCCUUCCUGGGCCUGCUGGGCGUGCUCACCAUAUGUAUCGCCAACGUGACCGCUGCUGGGAUUUUCUUUAUAUCAGACGGGAAGUUUAACUCCACGCUGCUGGGGAUCCCAUUCUUCGCCAUGGGCCAUGGAACCAAAGGUGUGUUUGAGCUGCUGGCAGGCUGGAGGAGAACGAGGGAAAACCUGCCCUUCAAGGAGCGUGUGGCGGACGCUUUUGCUGAUGUGAUGGUGUGCUACACUAUGACCAGCUCCCUCUACAUCAUCACUUUCGGCAUGGGGGCUAGCCCCUUCACCAACAUCGAGUCAGUGAAGAUUUUCUGUCAGAGCAUGUGCGUUGCCAUCACGGUCAACUACUUCUACGUUUUCUCUUUCUAUGGCUCUUGCCUGGUGUUUGCCGGACAGCUAGAGCAGAACCGCUACCACAGUGUUUUCUGUUGUAAAAUCCCCUCGGUGGAGUACCUGGACCGCCAGCCCACAUGGUUCAAAACCAUGAUGAGUGAUGGCCAUGACUUGUCCACACACCACGACAGCGUACCUUACCAGAAUCACUUCAUCCAGCACUUUCUCCGUGAGCACUACACAGAAUGGAUUACCAACACCUAUGUCAAGCCUUUUGUAGUCAUUCUAUAUCUGAUCUACGCCUCUUUUUCAUUCAUGGGAUGUUUACAGAUCAGCGAUGGAUCAAACGUAGUGAACCUGUUGGCAAGUAACUCUCCGAGUGUUUCGUAUGCUGCGACCCAGCAGAAAUACUUCAGCAACUACAGUCCUGUGAUUGGGUUCUACAUUUAUGAGCCUGUUGAGUACUGGAACUCCACGGUGCAGGAGCACCUGAAGACCCUGAGUCAUGGUUUCAACAAGAUCUCUUGGAUGGACAACUUUUUCCAGUACCUGCGUGUGGUAAAUGUGAGCGCGUCUACCAAGAGUGAAUUCAUCUCCAUUCUCAAGGCGUCCUUCCUUCGCAGCCCGGAGUACCAGCACUUCAAUGAGGACAUCAUAUUUUCCAUGAACCGCGAGACCGAAGAGUACGAUAUUAUCGCCUCGCGGAUGUACCUGGUGGCACGGACAGCAGAAAAGAAGCGAGAGGAGGUGGUGGAGCUUCUGGAAAAGCUUCGACCGUUGAUGCUGAUCAACAGCAUCAAGUUCAUUGCAUUCAAUCCUACAUUUGUGUUCAUGGACCGCUACAGCUCGUCUGUUAUCUCACCCAUCCUGACCUCAGGCUUCAGCGUACUCACAAUACUCAUCCUCACUUUCUUCCUAGUCAUCAACCCAUUGGGAAACUUCUGGCUCAUCCUCACGGUAACGUCCGUGGAGCUGGGCGUCUUGGGUUUGAUGACCCUCUGGAACGUUGGCAUGGACAGCAUCUCAAUUCUGUGCCUUAUUUAUACCCUCAACUUCGCCAUGGAUCACUGUGCACCACACCUUUACACUUUUGUGCUGGCCACUGACCACACUAGGACGCAGUGCAUCAAGUUGGCACUGGAGGAGCACGGGGCAGCCAUCCUGCAGAAUGCAUCCUGCUUUGUGAUUGGGAUCAUGCCAUUGGUGUUUGUGCCUUCCAAUCUGACCUAUACACUGUUCAAGUGCUCCCUCCUCACGGCGGGCUGCACCGUGCUGCACUGCUUUGUCAUCCUGCCCGUCUUCCUGACUUUCUUCCCGCCAUCCAAGAAGAGACACAAGAAGAAGAAACGGGCCAAACGCAAAGAGCGAGAGAGGGAAAGGGAGCGGGAGAGGGAAAGAGAAAGGGAGGAAAUAGAGUGUAUUGAAGUCAGGGAGAAUCCUGAUCAUGUGACAAAUGUCUGAGUAGGUAUUCAUUUUAGAAUUGAGUAUCAGUGGUUAGCCGUCCCUCAGUUGUGGUGUGUGAGUUAUCCCCCAAUGGCGAGGUGCCACUUGAGGUGAAGGGGAGUCUGAUUAGUCCCCUAAGCAGUGGGAACUGGUCAACCCCAACUAAUAGCAACUAGGCUGGCCAGAGUAGAGCGUAGCCCCACUGGUCAGUUAUUCAGUCUUUCAGGUUGGGCAGUGUAUCUCAUUUGCACAAACUGCAACAUAGUCCUAAAGCUCUUUGCCAACUCUUUGGCAUAUUAAACAAGUUACUUCCCAGAACUUCUGCUGAACUAGAACAAAACAUACUCAAAAUGAAUGGUAUGUCAGUCCAUUUGAAAAUGUGUCAUUCUAUGUUCACACCUUCCGCCCUUAUCUCAUAAGAUGUGAGCGAGGAACAUCGUGGUCUGUUAAGCCAAGGGCCAAGUAGGUGAAAUUAGUUAGUCUGUUCAUACGAAAGUGUACAAAUGAAUCUGCACGAAAUGACUGCACACGCGCCUUACUACUCACACGGUGAAAACAGAAAAAGCGAGAAACACUGGAGGGAACACAUCAUGCUUUUCUGUGACGUAAAUAAGGCUGAACAGCUGAAAUUCUGCAGAUGGCAUACGCAUCGUGCAAAAUGAACCAUCAAGGUUAAUGUUAGCAGGAGACAACAAUUCUUGCUUUAUUCCAGAGGUCAGAUAAGGUCGUAGACAAUGGCAAAAUAAACUUCCUUUGCCGAGGGGGUUAUGAAGAGGAAUGGAUUAGUAACUCCUGUGACCAGUAAGACCCAAUAUGAAGGGUGUUUCCAAGGUUGGAAAUAUGGAACUUUUCUUGCAGGUCGAUAACACUGGAAUGUUCCUGAGAGAGGAAUGUCUCUGUGAUCCACUAAAAAAGUUUACUGGCAUGGCAUUGGUAAUUGGAUAGUGUGGAUGUGAUUUAAAAGUAGCAGUAUUGCCAAAUAGUAAAAAGAGUCAAGAAAUCAAGACUUUUUUAUUCAUACUAAUUUGAAGGAUUCUAGGGGGGUUUCAUAUUUUGUGAAGCAGGCUUUAAAAUAAGCAGUGAAGCACCUUAUGUUUAGUAGACUGUCUCUGAAGUGUGAAAAAAACUGACUAAGAGUCGUAGUGAAACUAUGCCCAAGUUUUUGUUCCAAAUUAAGAAAAAGUUAUUCAGUCAUAGUCAUAUACAGUAUAUAUAAACACUAAUAUGUUUGUUGACAAUGGGGAUCAACAUAGGCUGGAUCAUAGUGGUCAUGUCCCAGAUCCAGGUCUUCAGAUGUCUCUGGUGUUCAUCUCAGCUCUGUAUAGCAUUUUAAAGUCACUCUCCCUACUCUCAUCAACCUUGUUUCCAGCUGCUUGCUGCUGGAAACAAGCUUUGAUAUACCCUCUCUUAGCUACCUUCCCAGCAGCAAAUAGCAGACAGAGAAGAGCUGGACUAACAAGGAGUUGGUGGAGACAAAAAUGAAUGAAUGAAUUGGUAUUAUUGGACUUGAUCAAGAGUUCUAAAAUCAAUAGCAAAUGGUUACUAAUGUUUCUCCGUAUCUGCUAAAUGUGUAAAUAAGCAAUUGCUUUCUAAUACAUGGUGGCUUUUUAGGAUAUAAUUUGUAAAGAUGUGUUUUUCAGCAUGUUCUAAGGCCCCCACGUAACAAAAAAAUGCUGUAUAAUAUUAUAAAUAUAAUUAUUAUUUUCCAAAGACUAAGAACGUUCUGGGUUAUUCAUCUCAUUUCAUCAUUUAUUGUUUCAUAAAUCAUCAAGAAUUUGAAAGAGCAUGUAGCCAGGAAGUGACAUUAAGACAUCUGCUAUCUAUUUGGAGCAUUUAAACGUGAAGGUACACUCACUCACACAAAUACUUUUUUAAUGGUCCGUCAAAGAACUCUAAAAUUGCCGCAGUCUACCUAGAUGGUUUAUAUUUCAUGAUAAUUAAUGUUCGUAUGUAUUAAUUUUAUGUGUCAAGCCCCAAAAAUAAUCACUGUUGCAGUAGCGAAACAAAAACGCUGAAGGUCAGCAGCUCUGAGAGAUACCCAUCGUUGGAUCCAGAUGUUAGCUGGUGGCGUGUGAUAUGGAGGUACGUAAGCAGAUGUGGCUGAUUGCAGACCAGUCAAUAUCUCCUUAAGGGAUUAGCUGGGUUUUACUGGGCUGUAAUGAGGGGAUGCCGCUUCCUCACAGAGGACAGCCUAAACAGGUAUCUUGGGGGAGAUUAGAAUGGUCAUAUUGGACCGAAUGUGAGUGAGAAAUAUGUGUUUGAAUAAAAGGACUGGACGAAGGAUGAACGGUUCAAGUGGAAACUGAAUAACUACUUGUCAAAAUCCACCUUUUGUAAAAAGUAAUAACUGAGCAAAUGAGACACAAAUAUAGAAGAGGACUCAUUGUUUACCUACCAUAAUUUACAACAAACAUAAGUAAUCUCAUUUUCUGAAAUGUCAAUGAUAAGAACGUAUGACAGUGGUCAACUUAGAAGAGAGCUCCUUCGUGCAGCAUCUGCAGUAAACGUCACAUUAUGUGAAAGCCAUGUCACGUAUGUAUAGCAAGAAAGUUUGAAAUGUUUGAAACACAGGAAAGAAAUGCAAAUCUUAAAGAAUUAACUUCCCAAAUUGAACUUUGUUUGCAUGGCAAAGUAUUGUAUGUAUGCAUGUAUUUCAUGAAGUCUGCGUUUUUUUGUUAUUUUCUGGGGGGUUGCUACGCUGUACUGACCUAUGUUUGUUAUUUUGAUGCAUAUUCUGUAACAUCAUGAGCUGCAAGAACAAAAUGAGUAACAUAUGUUCCUACACAAAGGCUAAAGGAUAUUUCAUGUGUAAAAUAACUGUAAAUGACUAUUUUCUAUAUUUUAUAACAAAAAAUAUACUAAUUUUCUAAAAAAAAAAAGAAUUAAAAGGGAAAAAGUUGAACAAAGUAGGCCAGUAAUAAACAGUGGAAUGUUACCAGUAUAGUAGAUCUUAUUCCUUGCACACACUGGACUGUCUAUGUAUGUUGAUGAUUCACGCUGUGGAAGCCAUUUUAUUGUUUUUUUGUUGGUCUUAACUCCUUUAUUAUGUGCUUGGUCCUUCCAUUGAAGGAAGUUGUCCAGUACCCUUUCUGAAAAACAGAACACAUUAGCAGGGUUUAUAAUAAUCACUUUUCCGAAAACCAUAGGUCAAAUGUCUGAAAUACAACUAACUAAUAACUAUCGCUAUGAAGGCAGGUGUUUAGCAUUAAUGGUACGUACUCUCCCGUAUAGGUCAUUGCUGCCUAGAAAAGCUAUUGCUGUUACCUAGCUACUUUGUUACAAUUAUCAUCAUUCCCAAUGCUAAAUGCAGUCAAAUUAGGCACUGCUGUGUUGAAAUAGUGUUAUUAUCAUUUAAUAACAAUGUAUUCAAGGCUAUACACUGGUAUACUCUUACCAAUGGCUUAAACAACAUGGAAUAUCCAGUAUUUAAACACGUUUAUAUUACCCUCGAAAAAAGCUUAAAGGGCCAGUGUGAAGCAUUUAGCAGAAAUGCAAUACAAUAUCCACAACUUGAAAGGGAGAAUUGUAGUGUUUUUGUUGGGUAGGGUUUAGCUCUUCAUAUUCUCAAAGUUUCCCAUGUUGCACUGCCGUGUUUCCAAGCCCUAGGGAAGGUCUUUCACGUUUUCUCAUCACCUAAAAAACACCGUCGUUUACGAACAUGCUUGUGAAACUGCAAAGGGCGGAACUGGGGUAGCGCCAGACAGUAUCUAACUUGCUCUGCUCCCAAAGGAGUCUUGUUGUGAGCAGGAUCUCCUCAGAGCGAGACAAACUGCUUUACCAAUAUGUUGCACCUGGUGGCAUGAAUGAUCUCAGUGUGGAAUGGCAGCGUGAUUUGUGCGGAUGAGUAUUUCUAUUUGCAGCCCCACCGACAGAUGCCACAAAAUACUGCACAUUGUCCCAUUAAACUAUUAACUUGGCAUUAUUUAAAAUGGUUCUUAAUUUCAACAAAUGCUUAGAAAAGACCAUAAACAACAAUCAUAUUCAUGUGUCUUAAAUCCACCGAAGAUUGGGUUCAAUUGGUAACACACGUUACUUAAACACGGCUGCAUAUGUAGGGCUCAUGUCAACAGAAUAUUAAUUCUAUACUUUGCAAUGCAGCACAGAGGAAUAGGAUAUCAGGCUUUGAUAGAGACACCAUCAGUACAUUGGUGGUUUUGGCCAUUUAAUUGGAUUUGUUGAUAGUAAGAUCCAAAACAUUGCCAGUCUUAUUCGUAAAAAGAAAACCCCUUUUGUGCUUCAUGACUAAAUUGAAAGAUGCCUCUAGUCAUAUAGAAGUUGGUAUACCUUCUGAUGUAGAAAGCCUUGCUUAGCAGUCUGUUUCAUCUUAUUCUCAUCAGCUUAUGUUUCUGUGAUAAAACUAACCUUAAUCCAUGAAGAAAGGACAUUAUGACAACCAGACCUCUUCAAGCUUUGCAUAUUCUCGAAUGUUACGGAAACGUGGCUUAUGGAGGGUAAAUGUUUGUGCGGGUGGAUAGGAUGUACUAACUUGUGACCGUUCCCAGGCACAAAUUCAGUUUGUACAGCCACGGAUUGUACAAUGCAGGGCAAUACAAAUAUGCAAUAAUCACUUUGCUUGUUGAAUAAUUUGCCUUUCCACCACACCCUCAGAUAACAAAUGUUUUACUGCAACUCUUUUAUACUGUAUGCCAACUAACUAAGCCCAACAAAGAUAAAAUGUAGUGACCCCAUUUAUCAAAACUAGCAUUUUAUCACAGCUACUGUCAAUUUUCAUGUUUAGAGGUUUGGGAGUUUUAGUAAGCGUAUUUGUAUGCAUUGACAUUGACAUUGUCUAAUUUUUUUCAAAAACAUUAAACAGGGAUACAAUAGAGCACAAUGUUCUGAAUAAUAAUGUGUUUGGAGGAGCUUGGUCGGUGUAACCUUAAAAUAAAAAGGGUAUACCACUCAUUUUAAGAAGAUUUAGGCAAGAACGAUGAGUAGUUUAUGAUUCAUUUAUAGAAACCACCUUCUGAAUAUUAUAAAACAUUUUGUUUGUAGAAUAUUCUUUAAAAGUAGAAUUGACUUAAUCAUUUAUACAGUUGAAAUUUGCUAUCGUUUAACUUUAACUUUAGAUGAUACCUAAAUUUGGACAAACUGACUCAUUAAUAUAUGUUAUCAAAUAUUUUUAAUUAGAGUUUUCUAAAAUGGCUAAGCUAUGUUAUGCUUAAUGCUGCCAUUCUAGUAGUCCUGGGUUCAAUUCCAAUUGUAACAAAUGACCACUGUUCAGGCUAAAUUUAAUAAAUUGAAAAAAAUACCUGUGGUGACUCGUCUUGGAUAUCAAGUAUCGAGAAUCGAUUGAAAUCGGGGCUAGCUUUGCGAUUUACCCGGAAUUGUUCAAAAGUUGAAAUUUCGAUUCCUAGUUUCGAUUCUCAGUCCGCCGGCGCCGACCGGAAAAAGAAACCACUGAACACCAACGAAGAAGCGUCCGUCGGAAGUGUUAGCAUAACAGAGUGAUCGAACAUGCAUAGCGUGGGUCGGCGGUCCAAAUUGUUAAACUUUUCGAAACAAACCGAAAACUCGGCAAAAUGGAACAUUUGCAGCAAAAUUGUUUCAUGCAUAAGAGGGUGCACGUCAAAUAUGAUUAAGCACCUCCGAGGUCAUGGAGUGGAAGUAAAUGUGUGCCCCGUCUUUGACGCUCUGCGCCGACCGUCCUCCGCUGCCUCUUCUUCAGGCUCCAAGGGUUCGCCCAUCAGUGGGAGCAAGGUAACGUUUAAGUACCUGCAGUAUCAUACACUCGUGUGUAAAUGUGUUUUUGUGAGGUUUCAAAAAUAAAGCUCUCUUGAGGAAAGUGUACCCUUGUUAAAAUAUAUUCAUAAUUUAUAAUGUUUAUACAAUAUUCAAGUUCAUAGUUAUUUAUAUUGUAGUUGAAAAGAGCCUUGUUAGAAAUUCAUAGUAAAGUUAAUAAAAAGUAAAAAGUUCAUAGAAUUAACAUUGAUGGAGAAGGUCAGACUACUUCCUUCAGAAAGACCCUUGGUUAGCUAGCUCAUUUAAAAUAUCUUAAACUUAAACUUUUUUGACCCUGCCUCUUAAAAGAAUCUGAAUCGAGAAUCGCUGUGAACCGGAAACGAAACAAGAAAUUGGAAUCGGAAUCGUUCAAAUUCAAACGAUACCCAACCCUAGUGGUGACUUUAGGGUUUGUUUGAUAGUCUAAAGUUUAGAUCAUCACACAAACAUCUUUUAGCCUUGUUUUCAGGAAAUAACCCAACAAAUUAGAGACUAAUUUUGCCGUGUAGCGAGGCCAGCAAUCCCUCGUCCAAGUUAGCUCAGUUUGGAUACUUUAGCUAGCUGCAGUGGGAUUAGCCCUAACUAGCGAGCAUGCUAGAGUGAGGGAGGUUGGGGUGGCUCAACUGAAAUGUGUGAUUGCAUUUUUUGUCCUUAAAAUAUGAUGAGAGAAAGAACGUAAGGGAUUUGCUUUUUUCCUUACUGAAUAGUACUGGGAGCAACUUUAAAAGAGUUGUAUCCACAGAUGUAACUUUUCAACUAAAAGCAGAAGGAAACAUAAAUUCCUAGUUUCCAACAGUUUCAUUGUUUCACCUUGAAUGUUAACUUUGUGCACAGGGGAACCUUUAAGGGAAGCUCUCCAAGCGUUUCAUGAAGGGGCGAAGAAAGGGCGGAAGAGGCGUUAGAUGUCUAUGAGACGCAUCUUGAGUCCUUUGCUAGAGUCUUACUGGCUGAUAUCACCUAAAGUACGUAGAAAUGUCACUGUCUGUUGGUACAGGUGGUUGUUUCGGGGAAAUCUUGCAAAAGGUAAGUUGAUGAUGAUCAAGUCUAAUUGAAGGAAAUGGAAUUACUUCAUAAUCAUCUGAUUCUACAUUACAUUACAUGUCAUUUAGCUGACGCUUUUAUCCGAAGCGACUUCCACCGUAGGGAUACAAACUCAAAAGAACAAGUAACAAGAAAGUACAAUUUUCAUCAAAUAAGCAGUUUCAAAACAUGAAAAAUGCCAUUAUAAGUACAGUUUAAGUGCUAUGAUUUGUUAGUGCUACAGUUUGCUAGUGUUUUACUCAAUGUAGAGUAAAGAGGUGUGUCUUGAGUUUUCGGCGGAUGAUGUAGAGGCUCUCUGCAGUCCUGAUGUCAUCAUAGAGCUCAUUCCACCAUCUGGGAGCCAGGACAGCAAAGAGUCGUGAUCUAGUCGAGUGUUUUGCUCUCAGUGAGGGAGGAACAAGCACCUUGAUGUUGGGAUGGAGGGUUUCACCAUGUUCUGGAUGUAGACUGGACCCCAUCCAUUCACAGAAUGGUACGUGAGAACCAAUGUUUUGAACUGGAUGCGGGCAGCCACUGGUAACCAGUGAAGAGAACGAACAAGAGGUGUGGGAUUCUGGAUAAGCUGCAGUGGUCGAAUGGCGGUAGCAGGGAGAUCUGCCAGGAGAGAUGGCUCCUCCUUCUAUUGCAUGUUUAAAAUAAAGAGCACUCUGGAAUGUUAGUAUUCCACAUCCAUAAAGGUGGGGGACUGAUAUGGGACAGAAUUUCUACCCAAGGCCAUAUUAUCCUGACAUUUAGUUCCUUCUUUACAGAGCGACAUCGGCAACUGGGCCUUUUCUGAGGCAAAAAUGAGUUGUGUGUUGCUAUUGAGCCCCCUGGCCCACUUUCCCCCCUCCAAACAAGCGGCUAUUUCUAUGCUGGAAUAUUGCCCUGCUGGAAGUAAGCUGUACAUCAUCAAGUAUUUUUUUUUACUGAAGUUUGUAUUCAGAAAACCAUCUGUAUAACUUGUAGUAACAUUUACCAAACGUUCUGUACUCACAGGCAUUUGGACCAGUAGACAGAGUCCAGGCUCUAUGCUGGGUGACACUGAAAGUUUUACUGAACAUGGCGGCAUCCAAGUAGCGCUUUAUAAUCCCCCUAGUGCUUUGCUUCCUGAAGAUUGGCAGCACGCUUGCUGUCAUGUGGCGCUCCAGUGCAGCAUUAUUGCGCCAAGCUGCUUUGGCCUGGGAUAUUUUUGGCUCCCACCUUAAUCCUGUCGUGAUUCUCCAAUGGGUUAUUCAUGCUUCCCCUCUCGUCUCUUCUCCCACCAUGACCAUCCUAUUCUCCCAUGUGGCUUCCUUUAGGACCACCAGCUCCAGCAGCUUUCUGCUAUGUAUAUUAUAUUUGUCAUCACUGUUGUGUAUGCAUGGUCCAAGCUCACACUAAUCAGUUAUAUUGCAUUUAUUAAUGUAUUAGGUGGUAAAUUACACCUGCAGUUCUCCCCAUACUCCCCAAAUAUAUAAAUAACUUUUUAAAUAAGUCAAUAAUAAUUGUUAGCACCACUACUUACUUUUUAAGGUGUCUCUCCACUCUCCACAUUUCCUAUAAUUGCUUUUCUUCACAACCUACUGAAGUAGUCUGAAUUCCAUUUCGAGGGACAACUUCUUUAGAAAUCUCUCCUUAGCUCUUCAUCCCACGACCUGUAAGAGAUGCUAAAACGCUUUUGGAGAUGAAGAGUUGAAGAACAUUUGAAUAAAUAUUUUAUAAGGAUUUGAAAGUCCAUCAGCCGUUGCCGACUUGAAGAGAUCAGUGAGGGAGUGAGAGCUGUGAGAUCUUGGUUGUUUUAUUUGAUCUCUGUGACUAUUAGCCUGCAAUGUUGCAAGGGGAUUAUAGAAAGGAAAGGAGAAUAGAAACCCCACACACCUGAUAUUUCUAUUGAUCUGUUGGAAGAAUUGCUUUGCAGAGGAAGAAAAGCGACUAGUGACUCGGCCCAUCCUCUCUUGGAGGGAUCUAAUGCUCUCAGUGGUCCGUUUCAUUGAACUGUUGUCUUGUUGUGUUCUUCAUGUACAAUUCAAACCCCUUCAUACUAAAUAUCAAUUUUUUUUAAAAGCAUGACCGAUUCAAACAUAUGUGGUUGUCCUUUCCAACUGUACCCAAUCAAGCUCUCAUGGCAGGAGCAUUUUGAAAGGGUGUCAAUCAUGUUGAUAUUGUACAUUGCCUUACACACUGUGACAUAUAUGUUGUAACAUGAAGUAAUUAUCUUAAAAUAAGGAGCGAGCGUGUCCUCUUGCAUGGAGUCCAUCAUGUUGCUCCUCCAUAUUUCAUCAGUUAACUACAGCAUGGCGUCCACUUACAUAAACGAUGGUCCCAUUUAUUGUGUCCCGUUUAAAGUCGUGCUUUAGGGUGGGGACACCUUAUUGGGAUCCUCUUCCUAUAACUAACAUUGGACUUUUAGGUCACGAAAGUCAAUUUUGACCACUUUAGUAAUCACAAUUUAGUGAUAAACAUUCACUUAUUUUGGCCAUAUUUUUUGUGAUGCAGAGAUGGCUGUAGCCCAAGAUAACGAGCCUGAUGCUUAGAAAUAGCAGUGUAAAAACAGGGGUUGACAAGAAGUGGAUUACUUCCACUUCGUAUGUGCACUUCAUGGUUCAGAGAAGGCUUUUGUCGUGUCUAGUCCCUCAUGGUCUCUCUGACACCUGAAGAGCUCAGUGUGAGAGUCUGGUUUUCAUUUGGUUGCAAUCUGCAGCCUCUCCUCAAGGUGGCACUCAAUGCUACACACUGGUCCUUUAAGUAUAGCGUAUGGGACACUGUGGUAUUUUAAGUAUUCUGCUCAGAAUCUCUUCAUACAGAUUGUCAUAUUUAAUUCUUCAAUAUAUCUCCUAAUACUCUCCUUCUACAACCAGGACUCACUAUUGCAAACAGAUAUCAUUUUCACAUUUAAAGAGCCUUUAAAAUGUCUGCUUGCUUAGUAUGGAUGUUACGUCUUCUUCAAAACUGGUGUAGCUGUAAGGUUGCAGGCAUAACUUCCAAAUCUCUAAAAUAUAUAAAUAGCACAAAAAAUCAAAUCAAAUUCAAAUAUAAAAGAGAACUUUCAAUGCACGUUUCCUACACAUGGUCUUUCAAAUCUAGUGAUUUUUAUUUUUUAUUCUCAUCUGAGAUGUCAACAUCAGCCAUGUGAAACAAAGCCAAUAACAAAUCAGGAGCAAAUAAUCAAGCAGUCUUCCAUAAAUAGAGACAUCAAGGGGGAAGAUGUUCAGCAGAAGAGUCCUCUUGGACAUCCAAACAUAACUAAACAAACUAAAUGGAGAUGUGUCCGACUAAAACCACCACGGUCAACAUGUCCUCCUGAGUCCUCUUUCUAACAUGCGCCAUUGAUUGAGCUCCUCCCAACAUCUGGAUGUGUGAAUUUGAGCCCAGGCUCACACACAGAAUGCGUUUCUCUGGUGAGGAGCUGAACAACUAGUCAGAGGACGACGUACGCGUCAACUUAUUACAAGAAGUAUGCUUCUGAAUGCUCUGAGUAUUUCAAAUGUUAAAUCUUUUUAUACUGCCUGCUAUGUUAAAGCUAAUAGUAUGCACAUGAUCAAACUUUUUUACU